UAAUAACUGGUAGGCGGGGAUUCGUCGUAACUGCUACUUCCGGUUUGUGAAACGAGCCCACUCCAGUACUAUUAGCCUAGCGGCGAGCUAACUCAUUCUCAUUGACGUCUACCUCUUGUAUCGGCUUCACCAACCUAUUCCCUCAUGUUUACCCGCUUUGUCUCGUUGCUCCUGCCGCUUCUUGCGCUGGCCGUACCUGCACACACAGACUUCUUCCAGCUUGGCACGCUCUCCAACGCAUCUUCGUACUAUUUCAACUACAUUUACUGCAAUAUUUGGGAGGGAGACUGUCAGCCCCACCAGGACGAUGCGACGCAGCAAGUUCCUAUCAGGGAUCUUUGGGCCAGUUUUCCUCAGGACUACGUGAGCCUGCUGUACCGCUGGUACUGUAGCUUGGGUCAGUGCUGCGAGUCCGGAGACUGCAGGGUGACAAACAACAUCACUGGUUUGGCUAAUGAUCUUCAGAGCAAGCUGCACGGGCAGCACCUGGCCCAGUCCGUGGUUCUGAAAGCAAUCCAGGGUUUCAUUAACAACCCUGAGUCCAACAAGCCCUUGACUCUCUCCUUCCACGGCUGGUCGGGCACUGGGAAGAACUUUGUGGCCCGGAUGGUGGCGGAUAAUCUUUAUCGCGAUGGGGUGAAUAGCGAGUGCGUCCGACUGUUCAUCGCCCCGUUCCACUUUCACCAUGCCAGCAUGGUGGACACGUACAAGGGUCAGCUGAGAGAAGCAAUCCGGGACACGGUCCUGCGAUGUUCCCAGACGCUGUUCAUCUUUGACGAAGCAGAAAAACUCCACCCGGGCCUGAUUGACGCUAUCAAGCCAUACAUGGCCCACUACGACAACGUGGACGGGGUCAACUACCGAAAGGCCAUCUUCCUCUUCCUCAGUAAUAUUGGAGGAGCAACGAUCAAUGAUGUCACGCUGGACUUUUGGCACUCGGGUCAGAACCGAGAAGAUAUUGGGAUGGAGGAUCUUGAACAUCGAUUACGAUCUGAAACAAUGGAAGCCCAAGGCGGGUUUUCCAGAAGCGAACUGAUGUCCGGCCACCUAAUCGACUUCUUCGUGCCAUUCCUACCUCUGGAGUACCGUCACAUCAAGCUGUGCGCGAAGGACGCCUUCGCCGCACGGGGCCUGGAGACUGACGAGGCCACGCUGGACGAGGUGGCCAAGGCCAUGCUGUACAUCCCUAAGGAGGAGAGACUGUUCUCAGCCCAGGGAUGCAAGUCCAUUCCCCAGCGGAUCAACUUCUUUCUUCCUUAGAAGAAACAGGAGCCUGGGAGAGGUGCCAAACAUGUCUGUCCAGGUCACCCACGCAAGAUCAGAGCACUUCCCGUGUGAGCGGGAUGGACAAAGUGCCGUUGGGCAUAAGUCAUGCGCCGGCGAAGGAGGACAUGCCUCCUUGCUCGAGAUGAACACAUGGCUGACUACAGUGAGGGAAAUCAAUAUUGUUCGAAGUGUGUUCACUUGUGAAAAAAAAACAUUCACAUAUAGGUGGCAAAAGGAUACUAUUUAAAUUAAUGAUGGACGUGAUCUUUUUUUUCAUAGCAGUAAUUGCACUUGAAAAUACGGUUCUCAACAUGUGACCUUACGGGGUGCUGCAAAAAUGUAAUUUUCUGCAUUUGAUUAUGUGCCAUAUCCUAUCCUACAAAAAUAGUCCAUUCGUUUCUUUCUAAGAGAGCAAACUUAAAAUAUAGCAGGGAUCAAAAAGGGAUUUCCCCCACUGUAUAGACUGCAGAAGUAUUGGGACACCAUUUGUUUUGCUCCUUUUCAUUGUUGAAGUAAAUAGAAUUGACAAUCUAUACCAAACCAAUUUUGCAGUUUGGUGGGAGUUAGUAAUGGUCAUUCGAGUUAAGACUUUUUGCACCGUAUUGUCUAACAACCCUCCACUGAUCUUUAUGUUGCACUAUUUAUUACCCUGUAAAAAGGGUCAGGAUUUAAGUGUUACUAUGUACGUUUGACUACUUAGUUAACAUCAUGCAUAUUGUGGCUGGUGAAGUGAAGCAAUGUUAAAUGACCUUUGGUGUUUAAAGUAAACAUACAAGGAACUGGAUUGUUAUUGAGCAAUAUCAAGGAAGCGAUUAUCGUACUGUAAUAUAAUUGUAUCUAAAUUGUUUUGAUUAUUUCAAAGCACUUUUAAGCACUUGCUACCAUGUUGUUUUUUUAAGUGUGAAAUAUGUUUAGGUCAUAGGUUUUAUUGUCUUGAAUUUUAAAUAUCACAUGACACAAAGAUUGAAAAAUAAAAUCCAAUUGUUUCUGUUAUGUCAAAAUCAAAUGAGUAAAUACUUGCCCAGUGCAUCAUCAUAAAUAAAGUGAUAAUUGUGAUCACUAA